CAAGGCAUGCAGACUGCUUCUACAAACAUUUGUGAAAGAAUGGGUCGCUCUCAGGAGCUCAGUGACCUCAAGCGUGGUACCGUCAUAGGUUGCCACCUGUGCAAUAAGUCCAUCUGUGAAAUUUCCUUGGAAGCAACUGGGAACAACAGCAACUCAGCCACAAAGUAAUACGCAAUGUAAGCAAUGUACAAUGACAGAGUGGGCACGCUGCCACUGGACUCUAGAGCAGUGGAGACGUGUUCUCUGGAGUGACGAAUCACGUUAAUCUGUCUGGCAAUCUGAUGGACGUGUCUGAGUUUGGCAGUUGCCAGGAGAAUGGUACUUGCCUAACUGCAUUUUGCCAAGUGUA